AUGUGUAGUAAUAUUUCUUUUGUAGAAACUAAUGAGACAUUAAUUCAUGAGGAAACUAUAAAUGGUCAACGAAGAUCUCUUGACUUAAUAUCUCGCAAUGAAACAGAAAUUUUACAACCACAUAAUAACAAUUCAACAACACAGUUAUCAAACAUUAAUAAAAUAAAAGCGAGCACAACACAAACAACAGCAGAAACAACAACAAAAACAGAAGAAGAACCACUCACCACCACCACCACCACCACCAGCAAUAAUAAAAACGAUAAUAAAAAUAAAUGCAAUCUUUCUCCAAUACCAAAUAAGCAUGCGACACCAGAAAUAUGUAAAGAAAAUAAUUGUGAAGAAAAUAAUUCAAAUACAUGUCCUAUAUGCACAGAGAAAACUAAUAUAUACGCAGUAGCACAUUGUAAUCAUCACAUGAUUAAGUUUAAAUGUCCAAUAAAGUCAUGUCAAUCUUCAUGUGAUGAAGGGUGGACCGAACUAGUUCAACAUGUAAGAAAUGUUCAUAAAUUAAUAUUUUGUGGUAGAUGUAUUGCCCAUCGUAAAAUAUUUAGUUGGGAACAUAUAUUAUACACAAAAGAAGAAUUAAGAAGACAUUAUCGUAGUGGAGAUUCUAAAGAUACUAACUUUCGUGGACAUCCAUCAUGUAUAGAAUCAUUCUCAAUUCCAAAUGAUAAUAAAUAUUUUGCAUAUAUAAUUCAAACAUUAGAUGAAUUAACUUCUUCAGUAUUUAACAUUAAUUAUGAUAUUUUGGGUAUUAAAGAGUUGGUUUUUAAUUAUGACUUGGAUUUUUUAUAUAAUUUGUGGAUUGGUAAUAUUUAA